GCAGGCACAACUAAACUACACGGUUCAACACUGAAGUUGAGGAUUUAAGCACCUUUCUUUACGAAUAACACUUUACGAAAAGCAGAAACAUGGAAUUCAACUCUGUUUGCAUCGAAAAGAUCCCAAGCUGUGACCACAAGGAACUACAUUUGGAGGUAACCCAGCAUCCGCACAGUUUGCGCGAUGUUGCCAACGUCAUCGUUGCCCUGCAGAGAAUGAAACACAGCUACACUCCCCGCGGCACAGAGUUCAGUGACCAUGAGCUCCUCGACAUUAUGCUGGAAAACGUGUUUGAAGAGAGCGUCAUGCCAGUGGCGGUGGAUACUUGGAGUAGCAAGCCCAACGUGUUCUACAACACCAAGGUUAUAGAACACAGCGUGUGUGACCAAGAUCAGAAGAGCUUGGUGCUCCACCAGAGUCCACUGGAGCUGCAUGCAGUGAUACUGCAGGCUGCCAGCAUGCAUCUCAAAGUAAACUUGAACCUGUCGACAUACAUGUCUCGCAACUUCACUGACAGCCAGAGACGACCUGUUGCUUUGAGUAUCGCAGGAAAGGACCUCUACCUGUCCUGCUCAAAGUCUGGCAGCAACCCCAUCUUGCAGCUGGAGGAGGUGAAAGACCGCGCGAUGCUGAAGAACAUCGACGCAAAUGGGGAGACGGCGCGUUUCCUCUUUCUCAAGAGCGAGCAGGGCUUGAGCACCACCAGCUUAGAGUCGCUCAAAUUCCGCGGCUGGUUUGUCAGCACAGGUGUGGAGGAUAAAAGACUUGUGGCGAUGUGUAAAGAAGACGACUCCGCCCAUUUCACCAACUUCUCCUUCACACAGCUGUGA